UAUGUACAGUAAUCAGAGUCAACAGAGACUGCUGGCCAAUGAGACUCUCUUCCAGUCUGACAUGAUUAGUGGAGCCACCAGAACGAAUAUCAAAGCCUCACGAGCAGCGAUUGUUUGCUGAGCACAUGGAUGCGAGCAAAAACGGCGACGGGGACGAUUUUUGAAUACAUUAGUACGGAUUAAAUCCGACGGUGAAGCGAUAAGGAUGUGAUGCAGCGCUGCUGAUGGUGCGGGCAGGAUGAGGAUGCGCAGAAAACACAGACGGGAUAAAAGACAAAGAGAAAACAGCCGCAGACUGUUGUUAGCGCUCCUCUAGGUUUCCCAGAAGGUUGAGCAGAUAUGGUGGAUAAGGUGCAUUUGCUGCCGUACUUCUUCGGCAACAUCACCCGCGAGGAGUCCGAGGUUUAUUUGCAACAGGGAGGAUCAGGAGACGGCCUGUACCUGCUCCGCCAGAGCCGCAGUUUCCUCGGCGGCUAUGCCCUGUCACUGUCCUACGGCCGCCAGUUCUACCACUAUACCAUAGAGAGGGAGCUGAACGACACCUACGCCAUCGCUGGAGGCAAAUCUCACCGGACGCCUAUAGAUGUGAUCAACUACCACUCUCAGGAGUCUGACGGCCUCAUCUGCCUGCUGAAGAAGCCCUUUCACCGGCCCCGCGGCACAGAGCCUAAAGUCGGGCCCUUUGAAGACCUGAAGGAGCAGCUCAUCCGGCAGUAUGUCGAGCAAACCUGGAAUUUAAAGGGUUCAGCGCUGGACCAGGCCAUCAUCAGCCAGAGGCCUCAGCUGGAGAAACUCAUCGCCACAACAGCACAUGAGAAGAUGCCCUGGUUUCACGGAAAGAUAGAUCGCGAGGAUUCAGAGCUGCGUUUGCUCAAUACCUCACGGGUCAACGGCAAAUUUCUAAUCAGACAAAGAGAAAACAGUGGCAGAAACGAGUCCUAUGCGCUGUGUCUCCUGCAUAACAAUCAAGUCAUGCACUAUCGCAUUGAUAAGGACAGGGCUGGAAAGCUUUCCAUUCCUGAUGGCAAGAAGUUCGACACACUAUGGCAGCUGGUAGAACACUAUUCUUACAAGCCUGACGGCCUGCUCCGCGUGCUCACCGAGACCUGCCCGAGACCAUCACAUCAUUCUGAGCGGGGUGCCACAGGUGGGAUUAUCUCCAGACUCAAAUCAUACUCCUUCCCAAAACCUGGCCAAAAAAAGGGUUCUGCUGAAAACCCUUAUAAAAUCACACCUAACGGCAAAGACGACUAUUCCAAGCAGGGUAAUUUCUUGGAUUCAGCUAUGCCAAUGGACACACAGGUGUAUGAAAGUCCAUAUGCAGAUCCCGAUGAGCUGCGAUCGACUAAAGUGAACCGCAGUGAUCUGACUCUGGAAGAUGGAGAACUAGGCUCAGGGAACUUUGGCACUGUCCUGAGAGGUGUUUACCAGAUGAAAAAAACACAGAAGGUUGUUGCUGUUAAGAUCCUAAAGAAUGAUGACGAUAAUGCAGCAGUAAAGGACGAGAUGUUGCGGGAGGCGAACGUCAUGCAGCAGCUGGAUAAUCCAUACAUAGUCCGCAUGAUUGGGAUCUGUGAAGCGGAAAACCUUAUGCUGGUUAUGGAGCUCGCUGAACUGGGGCCGCUUCACAAGUUUCUGCAGAAGAACAAGCACAUCACUGUGAAGAACCUCACAGAGCUGGUUCAUCAGGUGUCAAUGGGCAUGAAAUAUCUGGAAGAGCACAACUUUGUUCACAGAGAUCUUGCAGCCAGGAAUGUGCUUUUAGUCACUCAGCAUUAUGCAAAAAUCAGCGACUUUGGCCUCUCUAAAGCCCUGACAGAGGAUGAGAACUAUUACAAGGCCAAAGGUCAUGGUAAAUGGCCGUUGAAAUGGUACGCACCCGAGUGCAUGAACUACUUGAAAUUUUCUUCAAAGAGUGACGUGUGGAGCUUUGGAGUCCUGAUGUGGGAGGCUUUUUCAUACGGACAGAAACCAUACAAGGGCAUGAAGGGAAAUGAAGUCAUCCAAAUGAUUGAGAACGGACAGCGGAUGUCCGCACCGCCCGACUGCCCACCUGAGAUGUACGACCUCAUGAAGAAAUGCUGGACAUACAAGCCAGAUGAGAGACCUGGAUUUUCUGUAGUCGAACCCAGACUGCGGCAUUACUAUUACGACAUUUCUCAGUGAUUAUGCAACCCAGAACAUAGAGUAUGCAAAUUAUAUAUCACCAUAUUUGAAAACAAUCAUCUUUGCAUAAGGUGGUAUAAGCGGUACUGCCGUCCUUUAAUUCCACAUUGGUGCCAAUUUUAAUUAUAUCAUUGACUAAAAAUUCAUCUUACGACAUGUGAAGCAAUAACUUGUAUCAUAGUAUUUGUACUUCCAAGAUGGUUUUGUUAAAUGUAUGAAGUGGAUUAAUAAGCAAAACAUGCUAGUUAAAUGGUGGAUUUAUUGAUUGAAAGAGCAUGUUUAAAAAGAACAUGAGUGUGAGUAUGUAUUAUUAAUAAUUGAGAUGUCACAGCAACCAGUUGAGAGCUCGAUUAAUAUGCAUUUUUCUCAUUAAUUUCCUUCCAUUUUUGUUUUGUACUAAUUUUUCAUUAUGUAUUUGACAAAUGUGUUUUUCAUUAGUUGAAACAUUCAUAAGGUUAAACAGUCAUUCAUUCAGUGGAAACACUUUACAAUAAGGUUCCAUUAGUUAAUGUAUUUAGUAACAUGAACAAACAAUGAGCAGUAUAGUUAUUACAGUAUUGAUUUAUAUUUGUUAAUGAACGUACAGUUCAUCGUUAGUACUUGUCAACUUACAGUGCAAUGACGAAUGUUGGUAGAUGGCUUUCUGGAUUACUUUAUUCUGAUUGGUCAAUUAUGAGAUUCCAAUAUAUUUUAUUCACAGAAAACAACUGCUGAAACUAAUAACACAGGCUCAUCUGGGUACUUUUGAAUAAUCUUGACCCUUAGUGAAUCUAAUAUUUAUAAUAAAUUCUUAUAAUAUGGCGCCACCUUGUGGCUGAAAACUAAGCAGGUUGUAGUCGCUUUCAGCUGUUUGUUUACAAAUUUUUUAAAUUCAAUUUCUUUAUUGUAAAUAUGUACAAACUUAGUACAAGAGAAUAGAUCUCACAACAAUUAUGAAUAAAAUAAAAAUAAAUUAAAUAAAAUGAGAAAAAUUAUCUUAGUUAAACAAUCAAAGUAAAAACAUAUCAGGGGUGAUAAAUAAAUAGGUAAGAAAAUAAUAAUAAUAAUAAUAAUAAUAAUAAUAAUAAUAAUAAUAAUAAACUUUUAUUUAAUCAAGUGAAAUGUACAUAAUGCUUUAUAUGUUUUUUUUUAGCUUUUCUGUUUCUAAUCUUACAUAUGUAGUACCAUAUUGUUUAAUUUUCUUUAUAAAAUGUUCACAAUUUGGAUUUUCCAAGUAAUAUUAUUAGUAGUAUAAGAAAAAAAGCUUGUACUUUUUGAAUCAAUCCCAUCUUGUACUAAAGCAAACAUGAGAUCAAAUAAUCCAAUUUGUAUUAGUGUACCAAAUUUUCUUGAAAUAGUUAGAAACAUCAAUCCAAAAAUAAUCUUGAGUAUACACAUAAAAAAAGAUGAGCAACAGAUUCCUUAACAAUACCAUAAAAAUCACAAGAGUUCUCUGUAUCCACUUUAAAUCAUUCAAAUAACUCUCUUACAGGAUAAAUUCUGUGUAAUAUUUUAAAAGAUACAGUUUGUUGACAACCCAGCGAACACCUUGAUGUCAAAACAACAUCAAAAACACGUCAAAAAACGCAAAUCAAUUUAGUUUCAAAACAAAACCAUGUCCAUUGGACAUACAAACAUUAAUAAUAAAGGAAAUAUCUGAAACUUAAAUUCCAAACUCCUAUGAAAUUUCCACUGCAUUUCAUAUCCCUACAACGCAUGUAAAUUUCCUUGAUGUCUAAUUGAUAUGACAGAAAACACGUCCAAAAUCGAUUAAAGGACAGUUCUGUGGGCUAAUCAAGCUUUAACGUGUUUUGAUGCCAGUGUUAGAUGUGAAUUUGUUGUCUAUUAGACAUCAAGUUAGUUACCCAGGAAGAAAAGAAUUCUGGCCCAGAUUCUGUCACAGCAGGCAUCCAUCCGGCACUGGCAUACAGCAUGUGGGCUAAACAUAAUAGUAUCUGGAUGCAGCCUUUAUGCUGCAAGCUGAGAUUGCAUCACUCAGCGAUGCAAUCUCAGACACAAUGCACUCAAUGGAGUGAGUGAUGUCACUGUGAUAGGUAGGGUUAGGGGUGGGUUAGUGAGUGCAUUAAAAAGCAUUGGAUGCAGCUCAGAUUGCACUGCACCAGGUCUUCAUGCAUAGCUCUCUCCCUGGUUUGGCUGAGGUGGCACACAAUACUUGGGCCAGAUGUAAAUUGUAGUAUUUGGCCCAGAUAUUAAUAAUUGAUAUGUGUGCCAUUCACAUUUAAAAUACAUGUUUAUUAUGUUCAAAUACAGAAAAAAAGGCUACCAAUCAAGUAAAAAGCACACCCACAGCACGCCUAAAGAGCAGUGCUUCAUGGGUUUAUCAAUUACAUUGCAUUGUCAUGACACACCAACAUAUAUGGCCCAGUUCAGGCUCAGUUAUUUAUUAACUUGGCCCAGAUAUAGUCUAUGUUUGGCCCUUUUCUGGAAGACCGGCUUGGUCCAAUCAUGUACUGUAAUUCACUACGGCAUGUGGGCCAAGCAAAAGCUGAUUGUGUGGGCCAGAGAUAUUUUGCUACGUGGGUAGCUAGCAUCAAAUCGAUUAGCAUGUUUGAUGUUGUUUUUAUAUCAAGGUGCCCGCUGAGAAUUCUUAUUGCAAGCUUUUUAAAAGAGCUAGUAAACUACUACAGCUCAGAUCAAUAUUUUUUGUCAUCUGAAAGUUUAAGUCUGUGCCAAGUAUCCAUGUAAUAAGCAGAAAAAUGUACAUAAAGCCAGUUGUUUUCACAGAAUAAAGCACUUUAGUCUAAUACAGAAGUGCUCUGUUUGGACAACAUUAGCCUAUAUAGGCUAUGCCUUAUUUACCAAGUACAACUUUCGAUUUAUUAAUGCAUUAUUUAAUACUGAAUUAUGAUUAAAAAUGCUGUACAUGUAUUGUUUGUUCCUAGUUAGUGUUAGUAAAUACAUUAACUGAUUCAUUUAUUAUAAAAUAUUAUCCAUGUUGUAAAGUGUGACCCAUUCUGCUCAUGCGCAGUGUUUACUUCACACCACCACAAGCAAUAUGAGCAUAUACUGUACAUUUUGCAUGUCAUCGGUGACUUCUUUUGUCCUCUUCAUGAAUUGUCAGCUUGAUCCAGUCACUUCGGACUUUUUGCAAAAGCUUGAAAACCGACCAGCAUGGCACGAUCCUGCUCUUCCUCAGUCUGAUGAUAUUGAUAAAUGAUACUGAGCACAUGUAUGAAUGCAAUGUGACUGAUGCUUUAAAAAUAAAUGACCAAUUUUUAACAAAA